CGAGCUGGCGUGUUCCUCCUAGAACCCCAAAUCAUCUUAUCUGGCCCAGCUGGUGUCAGCGGUGGGAUCAGCUGUACAGCAAGUGACCUCAGCACAGGCCCGGUGGGGACAAGGCCAGUGGCCUGGAGGUUCCCAACUGGCCUACUAGGGAGUCACCACUGGGGAUCAAGAGUCGGAGUGGAGAGUCAGCUACCGUCUCCCCGCUGGGCUAAGAAAAUGGCUGCCACUCAAGAGGUGCCUCCCCCAGCCCUGGGCCUCCAUUUCCUGUAUCCACUGGAGGAGACGAUGGCACCACGGGUGAAAAUGGAGGAGCCCGAACCGUUAGGCCCAGAGCCAGGCUGGGAGUGGGAGGCAGCCAGCAAGGCGCCAUGGUUGGUGCAGGCUGGGACCAUCGGGGAGCUGCUGAGGUGGGCAGCUCCUCAGCAGGCCCGGCCUGAAGAGACACCCCAAUGCUGGUGGGGGCAACGGUCACCCCUGGAAGUUCUCCCCCCCUGGGAGAGCCCCACGCUGCCAGACAACAGCGCCCUCUUUGGGCAAACAACCGACGCCUGCCCAUGGCCCCGAGGGGAGCGCUUGACACGACUCACGCCAACCCUCGGCAGCGAGGCCUUUAACAGCCCACGGGCAGGGGAUGCCAAGGAUUAUGGAAAGGUGAAGGCGGCCAUCUUGGGAGCGGAGAGGGCAGCCAUCUUGGGAGAGCAAUUAACGCGACUCACGCCAACCCUCAGCAGCGAGGCCUAUCGCAACCUAGAGGCUGGAGAUGCCAAGGAUUAUGGGAAGACUGCCAUUUUGGGAGUGGACAGGGCAGCCAUUUUGGGAGUGGACAAGGCAGCCAUCUUGGGAGAGCCAUUACCUCGACUCACACCAACCCUCAGCAGCGAGGCCUAUCGCAGCGUAGAGGGUGGAGAUGCUAAGGAAUACGGGAAGGCAGCCCUUUUGGGGGUGGAUAGGGCAGCCAUUUUGGGAAUGGACAAAGCAGGCAUCUUGGGAGAACAGUUGAUGCGAAUCACGCCAACCCUUAGCAGUGAGGCCUAUCGCAGCCUAGAAGCUGGAGAUGCAAAAGAUUAUGGGAAGGCUGCCAUUUUGGGGGUGGAUAGGGCUGCCAUUUUAGGAGUGGACAAGGUGGCCAUGUUGGGAGAGCAGUUGACACGACUCACACCAACCCUCAGUGGUGAGGCCUACCGCAGCCUGGGGACAGGAGAUGCCAAGGAUUAUGGGAAAGUUUCCAUUUUGGGGGCAGAUAGGACAGCUAUCUUGGGAGUGGACAAGGAGGCCAUCUUGGGAAUGGACAAGCCGGCCAUUUUAGGAGAGCAGUUGACGCAUCUCACGCCAACACUCACUGGUGAGGUCUACCGGACCUUAGAGGCCAGAGAUGCCAAGGGUUAUGAGAAGGCAGUCAUCAUGGGAGAGCAGCUGACACAAUUCAUGCCAGCCCUCAGCAGCGAGGCCUACCGUAGCCUAGAGGCUGUAGAUGCCAAGGAUUAUGGGAAAGCUGCCAUUCUGGGGGCAGACAAGGCAGCCAUCUUGGGAAUGGACAAGGCCGCCAUCUUGGGAGUGGACAAAGCUGCCAUCUUGGAAGAUCAACAGACACAAUUCACGCCAACCCUCAGUGGCGAGGCAUACCGCAGCCUGGAGGCUGGAGACACCAAAGAUUAUGGCAAAGCAGCCAUCUUGGGUGUUGGCAAGGCAGCCAUCUUGGGAGUGGGCAAGGCUGCGGCAGAGAGGUGGCGCCAAUGCUUCCGAGGAUUCAGCUACCAGGAGGCUGGUGGGCCACGGGAGGCCUGGGCUCGGCUCCGGGAGCUUUCCCGCCGCUGGCUGGAGCCCCAGCGUCGCACCAAGGAGCAGAUCCUGGAGCUGCUGGUCCUGGAGCAGUUCCUGAGCAUCCUGCCAGGGGAGAUGCAGAGCUGGGUCUGGGAACGAGGCCCUGAGACCUGCGCUGAGGCCGUGGCCCUGGCCGAGGGCUUCCAGCGGGCUCGGCCGGAGGCCGGGAUUUGGGAGCAGCAGGUCACUGUGCGGGUGAAGGUGGAAAAACCAGCAUGGAGGAGACACCGGGUGUGCGGGAGCAUCAUGGAAACUCUGCAAGCCCACUACCCAUCCCAGGAGGGGGCAACACUAAGCCGGCCCGGCCUCCAUGAGCUACCCUGCAUCCCGCCAAGAGGAGCCCCAGCCGCCCCCGGCAGGAGCCAUAAUGGAAGAGGCGAAGCCACAGCAGGAAUGUCCAAAAGAAGGCAAAGUGCCCCGCACCUGCCCCCCAAAAUCCACUGGGGACAGGAGCCCUGGGAGUCAGGCUUCCGCCAGAGUUCUGCCCUCCUGGCUCACCAGCGGACCCACACUGGCGAGAAACCUCACCAGUGCCCGCAGUGCGGGAAGAGCUUCUCCCGGGGCUCCCAGCUCACCCGUCAUCUGCGAAUCCAUGGGGCAGAGAGAUCCCACCGCUGCCACCAAUGCAGCCGGAGUUUCUACCACAGCUCCGAGCUGGCCAGGCACCGGGCCUCCCACAGCAAGGACCGGCCCUACGGGUGCAGCCAGUGCGGGAAGAAGUUCCGUUGGCGCUCCGACCUGGUGCGCCAUCAAAUCACCCACACUGGCGAGCGCCCCUACGGCUGCCCAGAGUGUGGCAAGAACUUUGGGCAGAGCUCCCACUUGCGAGGGGAAGAGCUGUGGGGCCCUGAUCUCCCCUCCCCCGAGGCUGGGGGGACCCCCGGUGAGACCCACACAGCAGCUGCCGGGGCGGCCACACCCCCGACUCCCCGCUGCAAGCCGGCCGGCCGCUCCUACCAGUGUCCGGAGUGCGGGAAAUCCUUCCGGCAGAGCUCGUGCCUCCUCCAGCACCAGACCACACACUCGGGCAAGGGGUCGUAUUGCUGCCCCGACUGCAGCCAGGCCUUCAGCCAGAGCUCUGACCUGGUGCGGCACCAGCGCGUCCACACAGGCGAGCGCCCCUACCGCUGCCCCGACUGCGGCCGGUCCUUCAGUCAGAGCUCUGACCUGGUGCGGCACCAGCGCGUCCACACAGGCGAGCGCCCCUACCGCUGCCCCGACUGCGGCCGGGCCUUCAGCCAGAGCUCCAACCUGCUCCAGCACCAGCGCGCUAGCUCAGGCACCCGCCCCUUCUGCUGCACCCAGUGCGGCAAGCGCUUCGGCCGCAGCUCCCACCUGCUCAAGCACCAGGCCACCCACUCCGGUGAGCGGCCCUUCAGCUGCGCCGACUGCGGCAAGCGCUUCGGCCACAGCUCCAGCCUCCACAAACACCGGCGCAGCCACACUGCCCAGCGGCCCUUCGGCUGCGCCGACUGUGGCGAGCGCUUCCUGCAGAGUUCUGACCUGCUCAAACACCGGCGCAUUCACGCCGGUGAGCGGCCCUUCGGCUGUGGCGACUGCGGCAAACGCUUCCUGCAGAGCUCCGACUUGCUCAAACACCAGCACGUCCACACUGGGGAGAAGCCCUACACUUGUGGGGAGUGUGGGCGCGGCUUCAGCCAGCGCUCCCAUGUGGUCAAACACGGCCGUGUCCACAGCCGGGGCAAGCCCUGAAGGGGAGAAAUGGGGACAGAUCUUCCUAUGACCACAGUUAUUCACUGCAGAGCUUUGAAUUUUCCGUGUGUGCAGCAAGGAUCUGCAUCCCCUGGGUUGUGCAGCUGCGGUUUGGGGUUGCCCAUGAACUUGGCAGGAGAUUGAAGCCAGUGGCUCUUUCGCGGGGUGUUUGUUUGUGUCUUGUGAACUCCAUUCGGCUGUCCACACUUCAUCGGUAGGGCCCGUGUCUUCUGGCACUGACAACGGACUAAUUUCGGAUUUGCGAAGUUUUGUAGUUUGGAAAUGUCUGUCAUGCAUUAUUUUAAUACCAAAAAUAUACGUAUCGGCAAACGUGAGCAAUGUGUAACCCUUUUACAGCACAAAAAUCUGGUAGCCUACAUUACAAUGUUGACAGACGCUUUAACAUUUUUUUUUACAACCAAAAUUGUCGGUUUUAGAACAUAAGAAAUGUAUAAAGUGAUCAUCGCUAUAAAUACAAAACACAAUUCUUGCCAUGCAAGACUGUGCAAUUAAAAUAAAAGUUGGAUUAUUGUUUUCUGCAACGAUGUAACAGCUCAGGAAAAUUUGGAAUAAUUACAAUUCUGCUUAAAGGAAACUAAGGUGUUACUGCAAAUAUCUGUAUAUAAGAACAUAAGAGCGGCCCUAUUGGGUCAGACCAAAGGUCCAUCGAGCCCAAUGUCCUGUCU